AUUGCGUGGCUCGUUCUAGAGUGAACACUAUAUUUGCGGAAACGGGUGCAUAUGCCAUUGAAAUUCUGCUUUUAAGACAUUACUGUGUUUACUACUGACAUGAAUUUCUCAUGAUGACAUAUUUGAUAUCAACUAGAUCCAAAAUGGGUAAUAUUAAAUUGAUUCAGUGUGUUUUUCUUCUUGUCUUACUGCUCCAAACUUUGGCCUUCUGCUCAGCAUUCUCUGCGCUGCAUCCUCUGAAUCGCAUCGCAGAACUUUGGGGGAAGGAAGCGGCUAGAGUUGGCCCCCGAACUCGACGUUCGGCCGCUAUAGACACAAAGUACUACCAUUCAUAUGACGACUUGACCCACCUUCUGAGACUGUAUUCUAAUGAGUAUCCCUCGAUUACAAACUUGUCGAGUAUUGGACAGAGUGUGCAAGGGAAAGAGUUAUGGGUUAUGCAAAUAACAGACAAGCCCGGGGUUGUCGAAAAUGAAGAGCCGAUGUUUAAAUAUGUUGGAAACAUGCAUGGAAACGAGGUCAUUGGACGGCAGAUUCUCAUCUAUCUCAUCGAGUACUUGCUCCUAAAUUAUGGAACGGAUGAGAGAGUGACAAGGCUUGUGGAUGAAACGAACAUCUACAUCAUGCCGACCAUGAACCCUGAUGGAUUUCACAUGGCUCAUGAAGGAGAAUGCAGCGGUACUAACGGACGAGAGAAUGCACAUGCAGUUGACCUGAAUCGUAACUUUCCGGAUCAGUUCCACACCAGCCCGGCUGAUAAAUGGAAGGGUCGUGAGAAGGAGACCAUGCUGAUGAUGAAAUGGAUUGAGAGCAACCCUUUUGUCUUGUCGUCCAACUUGCAUGGGGGAAGCUUGGUGGCAAGUUACCCCUUCGAUGACACCCGGAAUCAUAAUCCCCACCAGAUUGGGAGGUACAGCAAGUCUCCUGACGAUGCACUCUUUAAGAAGCUGGCUAGAGUGUAUUCCAACAAUCACCUGGUGAUGCAUUCCAAUCCUGGUUGUCCUGGUUACCCAUCUGAGAGUUUUGCUGGGGGCAUUACCAAUGGAGCACAGUGGUAUGAUGUCCCAGGUGGGAUGCAAGAUUUCAACUAUGUGAACAGUAACUGUUUUGAGAUCACAGUUGAGCUAUCCUGCUGCAAAUACCCACCAGUUGGUCAGCUCACACAGGAAUGGGAAAACAACAGACCUGCUCUCCUAGCCUACAUGGAAAUGGUUCACAUCGGUGUGAAAGGUUCUGUUUUGGAUAGCUUUGAUGGCUCUGGUAUUGAAGGAGCGAAGAUCUCUGUGCAGGGCAUCGACCACGAUGUCGUUUCUGUACAUUAUGGCAACUACUGGCGACUCCUACUCCCGGGCACAUAUCAUAUUACUGUCAAGGCCGACGGGUAUUUCAGUCUGUCCCGCGAUGUGGUGGUAACAGAGAAUGAAGUCACUAGGGUCAACUUCAGACUCAGAUCCAGGACGACUUUUAUUGAGCCUGUCCCAAUUGAGCACCACACCCAGGAGUCCAUGAUAGAGGCUCUCACGAACAUCGCUGAUCGCUACCCUAACAUCACACAUCUCUACUCAAUUGGCAACUCCGUCCAGGAUAGGCAGAUCAUGGCCAUCGAGAUAUCAGAUCGACCGGGUGUCCAUGAACCAGGUGAGCCGGGGAUGAAGUAUGUCGCGGGUAUCCAUGGCAACGAGGUAGUGGGCGGAGAGAUGCUGAUGCUGUUCAUCCAGUUCCUGUGCGAGAACUACGAGACGUCGGACCAGGUCAAGUGGCUCGUAGACAACACCAGGAUUCAUCUGGUCCCUAGCAUGAACCCUGAUGGCAAGGCCAUAGCCUUUGAAGGUGACAUAGAAAGCACCGUAGGUCGCAACAACUAUCGCGGCGUUGACCUCAACCGGAACUUCCCUGACCGCUUCGGUCGGAGUGAGGGCACCAUACAGCCCGAGACCAAGGCCAUCAUGGACUGGACAAAGAAUCAUCCGUUUGUGAUUUCUGCAGGUCUCCACGGUGGCUCUUUGGUGGCCAACUACCCCUAUGACAGUAACAGGCAGCAGGUGGAAGGCUACUCUGCGUCUCCGGAUGAUGCCAUGUUCAAGCAGCUGGCCUUGGCCUUUGCAAAUUCUCAUGGGGUGAUGUAUAAAGGCUUUCCUUGCCCUGUCAAGUAUCCUGAUGAGAAGUUUGAGGGCGGCAUCACCAACGGAGCCCUCUGGUACCUCGUUGACGGUGGAAUGCAAGAUUGGAACUAUGUGAACACCAAUGCCAUGGAGGUAACUGUCGAGAUGAGCUGUGUGAAGUUCCCACUCACUGCUGAACUACCUCAAUACUGGAAUGAUAAUAAAAUGUCUCUUAUCAGCUUUAUACAUGAAGCUCAUAGAGGAAUACAAGGGUUUGUAUUAGACAAGGCAGGGAAGGGUUUAAGCCACGCACACAUCAUUGUAGAAGGCAUAGAUCACAAUGUUAGCACAGCCAAAUUUGGUGACUUUUGGCGACCUUUGACCCCUGGCUUCUACAAUGUUACAGCACAUGCUGAAGGAUAUGCACUAGAAACCCAAGAGGUGAUUGUCUACCCUGGUCUAGCGUCCCAGGUCAACUUCACCUUGGCAACGGAAGGCUCUGAGGGGUCAAAUGAAGGUCAACUGGACAUACCGCUGGACGAGUGGGCAGUCCAGUAUGACUUCUCCAUCGCUCAGAACUUCAGCGGUUACCAGACCAACGAUAACCUGGCUAGAGUGCUGCUGGAGUACCAGGGGUCGUAUCCAGACAUCAUUGACCUUUCACCUUUGGGUCAAACAAGGUCAGGGACCAGCAUGUGGAUGUUGGAGAUGGGAACGAACAGGAAGGUGGAUAGUGUGAUUGACAUCCCGAGAGUGGCCCUGAUUGGUGGAUUGAGAGGGGAGGAGCCUGUGGGCAGAGAGUUGCUAUGGCGAUUCAUCCAUCAUUUAGGAGAAGGUUACCAUGCCAACGAUGAGAGGGUAGUGAGGCUUCUGAACACCACCCAUCUGACCAUUAUCCCAGCUGUAGACUAUGAUGGCUUUGGCUUGGCACACGAGGGAGACUGCACAGGCAGCAGAUAUGAAGGAGACCUUACUGCAAAUAGCUUUGGACCAGAUGGGGAACUGUUAUCUCAGAGACCAGAACUAGUUGCUCUCCAAAGCCUCUUCACAGACCACAAUUUCACUCUGGUUCUCUCCAUUGAAUCAAGCGGUAUGUGGGUCAGAUAUCCAUAUGACAACCCUACCGGCGAUCAUGGAACCACCACAGAGGACAACAACCUGUUCUUUGAGAUAGCUAAUGCAUAUGCAUCGGCCAAUUCCAUUCUCAGCGGAGGGGUGAAGUGCAAUAGCCAUAGCUACGGCGCAGGGGUGGUAAAUGGAGCAGAAUGGAAGAACAUUAGGAAUACACUCCAAGAUUAUCUCUAUACACAGAAAAGUGAAUUCAUGGUAACUGCUCAGAUAUCAUGUUGUAAGUACCCAGGCCAUGGAGAGCUUGAGAACCUGUGGAGAACCAACCUAGAAUCACUCACGGCAUUCACUGAGAAAUCACACCAAGGUAUAAUUGGUAAAAUCCAGACUGCGGAUGGUAGCCCCCUGACCUCCGCUGUCAUUCACCAUGGAGACCAUACUCACGUCCUGGCCCCCGAUGAGGACGGGAUGUUCCGACGUCUGCUGCCUGUGGGUGUCCAUGGUGUAACAGCAUCGGCUCCAGGUUACAUGCCUCUCACUAAAGAUGUCCAUGUCACUAUGAAUGAGGUUAGCGAGGUCGUGUUUUUAAUGGAGAAAGAACCAGGGAUGAGAUACCAUCAUUUUGAUGAGAUGAAGGAGAUGCUCAAUAACCUGACUGCACUAUAUCCACGUCUCACACACUUACAGAGUAUUGGUGAGAGUGUUGAAGGGAGACCUCUACUGGUCCUGGAGCUUGGCAACAAACCCGGCAACCAUCAGCCAGGGAGGCCGGAGGUCAAAUUCAUCGGCAGUAUCCACGGCAACGAGCCGGUGGGGAGAGAGCUUGUACUGUCCCUCGCUAACUAUCUGCUGAUGAACUAUGGCAAGGAUGAUGGAGUUACAAAGCUCCUGGAUACUACACAUAUCCACAUCCUACCCUCCAUGAACCCUGAUGGAUCAGAAAAGACCAAAAUGCUUCAAGGAACAUGCUUUGGUGACGAAGGGAAGACCAAUGCUAAUGGAAUCAACUUGGAAAAUGACUAUCAAAUGAAUGUCUUGAAUAUGUCAGCAGAUGUCCAACCAGAGACCAGAGCCAUUACUGAUUGGCUGAAGAGUCGACCUUUCACCCUUGGUGUUUCCCUCUUCGGCGGGACAGUGGUGGCUCGCUAUCCUUACAACUCACAAAAAGGGGGAGACAAGAUAGUUCAAACAUCAGAUGACAAACUCUUCCAGUAUCUAGCCAAGGCAUAUGCAAAUAAGCAUCCCACCAUGCACCUGGGUAACCCACAAUGUCCUGGAAAUGCAGAGGAGUCCUAUCAACAUGGGAUUGUGAAUGGUGCGGAGUGGAAUGCUCAGGAAAACAAUAUUCAGGAUUUCACCUAUGACUCCCUAGGUUGUUUAGACCUGUCAGUCCAUACAUGCUGCUGCCUAUACCCAAAGGCUUCUGAGCUCCAGGACCUUUGGAAGGCUCAUAGACCAGCCCUCCUAGAGACCAUUAUACAGGCACACCGUGGGAUCCAGGGUGUGGUCACCACAACUGCAGGCACGCCACUAGAGGGCGCCACAAUAUCCAUUAGCGGCCUCCAUCGGAACCACGUCCUCACAUCACAUCAGGGUGACUUCUGGCUCCUCCUGCCGGAUGGUCAGUACUCCAUCACGGUCAGUGCUGAGGGUCACUCCAGCGAGACCCUUCCAGCGGUGGUCAGCGGGAGGGAGGUGAUGGUCCUCAAGUUCACGCUACCUGAGGAGAGCACCAUCAUGGGUUUCCCGAUCUACCUCUUCCUAGGAAUGUUAGCACUGAGCUUUGCCCUCGUACUCCUCUCUGUGGUGUGUAUCGCAAGAUGUUGCCGCUCCAAGACCAAGCAAGGGAGGCGGACGAGAGGCUUCUACCAGCUCGAUCAAGGCAAGAUGUUCGCAGAAGAAUACCACGACGAGGUCGCUCUCAAAACAUUUAGAAAUGGAGAUAAAAAGUCGCUUCUCAAAAAUAUGGAAUUUCACGAUUUUUCAGCAACAGAUAGUGAAGAUGAUGAAACUUUCAAAAGGUGAUAGUUUCUGAUAUCUUUUUAUAUUCUCAUAGAGUACUCUUAUUUUACAGCCGAAUAAUGAUUUUUGACUGCAAGUUUGUAAAUUAUUGCAUAAAGAGAGGAUAUUUUUCUUUUGUAAUGCCUAUUGUUUUCUUUCAAGAAGAGCAGUUGAAUAUAGCUGGGAUUUAACGAAAUAUGUGAUUAUAUGAUCAUACGAAGAUGUUUCACGUUUGUGCUGGAACUAAUGGAAUCAUUUUUUGUUUUGAUAUGAUACAUCAGGGCCCUGUCUUCCAAAGAGAUGAUAUUAAUCGCAACUUAUUUGCGAUUGAUAUCAGUCACAAGUAUGUUCAUAAAAGAUUGGAGACUGACAACUUGCGAUUGAUUAGAGGACUUACGAUUGAUUUGGAUUAAUUGCAACUCUUUGUAAGACAGGGCCCUGGCAUGUACAUUUAAGCAAGCUGCUGAAUAUAGAGGUACUUCAAAAUCAUGAAAACUAUUUGUACUCAUGAAUUCCAGUCUUUUGUCAAGGUAUGGGCAAAGUAUGUAUACAUUGAUAAAGAAUUGUUAAUGCAAUGCCCUUUGAAUGCAAAAUAUGUCAGUAUUUGUUCAAAAUCAAGGAAUUCUAGUAUGGUUUUACCCAAGUUCUUUGGGGUUAAAAAGAUUUUUGAAACGAGUUGUGAAAAGCCGUCUAUCCAUUUAUGUGCUAGUGCUUUUUUCUGUUUUUAAAGGGUAAAAUGAUUUCUGAUUUGGACUGAUUCAAAUGAAUAUGCAAUAUGAUCACGCAAAAGCCUGAAAACUAGCAUUUCUGUGUUUAGGUUAUGUUCCUAUGAACUAUUA